CACAUUUUAUCACUGACAAGGGAAGGAGCUAAACAAGAGGAGCGAAAACUCAUAUAUACAAUCACAGAGGUUUUUUUUUUUUUUUUUUUUCGAUGGCAACAAAGCAUUUAUCACAGUUAUUACCAAAAACAGAUCAAUUUUACAUGGCAUUCAAGAUAUGGAUUUUCAAGACUACUCCCGAUUAUUUUAUAUCUGAAUUGAUGUGACUGCAUGCAUCCUCUUCAUCCAAUUGCCAAUAUACUAAGUAUUUCUCUCACAAUGUCUCUAAGUGUGGGCUACACCAAAAAUUUAACCUCCCAACCUGACUACAACUACAGCGACUACGAAUUCGAUGAUGAUGAUGUAACCAAAACCAGGACUUUUUACGCUGCAAAAAUAGUCAUUGGGGUGGCUCUUGUCUGUAUUAUACUGAUUUGUGGCAUUGGGAACUUCAUAUUUAUUGCAGCACUGGCAAGAUACAAGAAGCUUCGAAAUUUAACCAACCUUCUGAUAGCCAACCUGGCCAUUUCUGAUUUCAUCGUGGCUAUCGUUUGCUGCCCUUUUGAAAUGGACUAUUAUGUUAUAAAACAGCUUUCUUGGGAACAUGGUCACAUCUUGUGUGCCUCUGUGAAUUACCUAAGGACUGUUUCACUCUAUGUCUCCACGAAUGCUCUACUGGCAAUAGCGGUUGACAGGUACUUGGCCAUAGUACAUCCUCUGAAACCUCGGAUGAAUUAUCAAACUGCCUCAUUUCUGAUUGCUUUUGUCUGGAUUAUCUCAUUACUGAUAGCCAUCCCAUCGGCAUACUUCGCUACAGAGACAGUGCUCUUUAAUGUGGAAAAUCAAGAAAAGAUAUUUUGCGGACAGAUUUGGCCAGUGGACCAACGGAUCUAUUAUAAAUCUUAUUUCCUUUUUAUUUUUGCCAUUGAGUUUGUUGGCCCAGUCUUAACAAUGACUUUAUGUUAUGCCAGGAUUUCCAGAGAACUUUGGUUCAAAACAGUUCCUGGCUUCCAGACGGAGCAAAUCCGUAAACGCCUGAGAUGUCGGAGAAAAACUGUUUUGGUGCUGAUGUGCAUCCUCACAGCGUAUGUCUUGUGCUGGGCUCCAUUUUAUGGAUUUACCAUUGUUCGUGAUUUUUUCCCAACGGUUAUUGUAAAAGAGAAGCAUUUUCUUUCGGUUUUCUACAUUGUGGAAUGCAUUGCCAUGAGUAACAGUAUGAUAAAUACCAUGUGCUUUGUGACCGUCAAAAACAACACCAUGAAGUAUUUCAAAAAGAUUAUGCUUCUGAAAUGGAGAUCCACUUACAAUGGAAGCAAAUGUAGUGCUGAGAUCGAUAUCAAGACUACUGCUGUGCCUAUUACAGAAGAGGUUGAUUGUAUCAAGCUGAAGUAAUUUAUUUGUGACCUUACAGGACACCACUCCGAACAUUAAAUUCACUAACUGUUUAAUUUGCUUUGGCAUAGGACUAACAAAGAUGUGCAGCGCACAUGGAUCGACGGGUGCCCAAGUACAAUGGUCCCCCACUAGUAAAUUCAAGAAGCAAAAGAGGCAACAGAAUACAUCAUCUAUUAGAUUUCUUUGAUUGAUCCAAUAACAUACCAGAAGAUACAUUUCAACCACUUACAUGGCUGAGUCUUUUUCAAGCUUGCACCCCAUUGUAAUUGGUGGAAGCCUUUAAUUUUCCUGUAUGUUGUUGGAUUAAUUAAGAAGUCUGAAUGAUGGAUGCUGUUACCGCUUUUUUUAUUCACUUUGACAUGAUGACAUAUGGUGCUCUCAAUAAGAGCUUUCUUUUUCCUAUAAUGACGAGCCUUUUAAAGAUGUUAUAUACAUUGAUGUGUCUGAAUCAGCAAUGAAGUCCAGCGCAGAACCUUCAACCAGUGAUGAUUGGAUAUUAUGGCAUAGUUGUUGCGGUUUAAAUUUAAUGGAGAAGUGAGAAAAUCCUUUGCAUACAAAAGAAAACCUUGCUGAUAAGUCCUGAAGAACACGACCAGGUGCUACUUUAGUUUCUUGAGUUGUACAUGUAGACAUGGUCCAAUAUAACUGUAGACCCCGAGCUCACGCAUUCAUGAUUAACCUGAGAGUCAAGACAAUACAUAAAAGUUGGAGGCCUUUUAUUUAUAUAUUUGGAGAUCACAACUUCUUGUUUGGAGUGAAAUUCUUCUUUAAAUGUAAAGUGUGCAGUAUAUGAACAGAGCUUUCACAAUGUGCUGAACAUGAAAAAAUAAAAAAAUAAAAAUAAUAAAAAAAAUAAAAAUAAUAAAAAAAUAAUUUCCUACUCUGUCCGUAUGCAUUGAAUGUGAUAUAUGUAACUUGCACUGUGCAACAUAUAUAUAUUCCAGGCAUGGUGGGUUUACUACAGACUUAAUCCUGAAAAAUGUAUGCUUUUCACAAACCAUGUUUAACUAAAUACGGUCUCAUGAAAUGCUAUUUGUGUUUUAGAUUUAUUAUGUCUUAAAUACCACUAUUUUACUGCUUGAAACUUGCACACUGGAACUUGUUUAAGUGGAUGCAGCACUAGAACAGGUUUCUUGAAUAUAUAUUGGUUUAUUAAAUAAAAAAAAUAUACAACUUUGUGAUUUAACU